AUGGCCACCGCUGCAGCACCUUCGUUUCAUUCGUCAAAAGAGACAACCAAUUACGCCCGGCUGUGCAGGCUUCUGGUGGAUGUCGGAUCAGAUGUCCUGAUAGAAGCAUUUGAAAAGAAGCGUCCAACCGGUAACCUAGACACAGUUUUGUCCAGUCCUCCAGUCCAUACAGUGCUACAAUCACUGAAAAAGAAAGUGUUAAAUCCCCUACAAUGGGGCAAACUGUAUCCUGCUCUCAGAUCCUCAGUUUCAUCGAAGAAUUUCGAUAUAACUCUUCUUAUGGUCUUGCUGAGGAACAUUUGUGGUCUUGCUCCUCCAGCGACAGGCUGGGAUACACUUCCUCCUGCCACAGACACAACCUUCGAGGCAGAUAUCGUUCGUAUCAAGUGCUACAGAAACACAGUUUAUGGUCAUGUCAGCAACUCCUCAGUUGAUGACCCAACAUUCCAUCAAUACUGGCAGGACAUCCAAGAUUCAUUGGUGAGACUAGGUGGAACUGGUUAUCGAAGUGCUAUUGAUGAUCUGAAGAAGGAAUGCAUGGACCCUGAUUUCGAAGAACACUACAAAGAGCUUCUUAAACAGUGCAUCAUGGAUGAAGUCAGCAUCAAAGAAAAAUUGGAUGAAAUUGGUAAAAGCCUGCAUGAAAUGACAGAGCAGUUUGGUAAAAGCAUGGAUGAAUUAAAGGAAGCAAUCGUUAACCCUAUAAAGAAAGCAGAAGACAAAGGUAUUGUGUAUUGACGGUAAAAUCUGUGCACGGCCUUUUGAUCUUUCUUGAGAAAGGAAACUUGAAGAGGAAGAUUGAAGGGCCUCUGAUCAGAGGGUGAUAAGCAAUUUAACAAUCAGUUCAUUUUAGUAUUAUAGAAUGCCUACCUUUAACAAGAGCUCAAACUCAGAGAAAUAUCUUCCACUAGAACUGACCCCUUUCUCUCUGAUCCGAAAUUGGAAAAAAGACCAGGUGUUGGCUUUUCCAUGAAUUUUUUGGGUGAUAAGCGAGUUAUUUAUCUAUUUUUUUAUUCCUCAUGCGAGGAGUAAAGAGAACUCACAGUUCAAAUAGAUUCCCUGCCAAGGUUAUUUGCACCAAAAAAACUGCAGUAAGUCGUACAGUAUUUGCCUGGUCGGGUUCGUCGAAAGAAAGAAAUGGGAAAAAGCUAAAAUUCUUGAUGAAGUGGAGACGACAGGACGCAUUCUCUCCACUAAGUGUACUAAGGCCUCUGGCGUAAACACACACACAAAAAGUUUUCUACGUCAAAGUUAGUUCCUCCCGUACCACAAAUUCCUGGAACCGCAACCGAAAUGGGUCGGUUAGUGCUGGUAAUCACAUGAUUUAGAGUAAGAUUUAGGAUGAAACAGCGCCAGCAAAUUUUUCAAAAGCGAACAAAUUGCGCGAGCCUGUCGGGCGAGAGCAAUUUUUAGUAUUUAAAUAAAAUUUACAAGUGCUGCUUUAUCCAGAAUUGCACGAUAUUUAUUUUAUUUAGUUGUUUCUUUCUUUCCUUUUUUUUUUUUCCGUGUCAUGGCUCGCUGGUUUGGCCGCUUGCCUUUACCUUGUGCUGGAGUAGUCGGGCUUUUCCCCAAAAAUUUGGGUCGAGAUUUUAUACUCACCGUCACGAGCAAUCGGAUUUUUGCACUCUUAGUCUCUUAGGUAUCGGUCGACAGCAAUAAUCAGUACAAGAAAGAUAUCCCACGCCUCAUGUAAGGUAAUCCAGAACAGUAUUAGAUUCUGGAUUCCACGCUGUGAGUGCUGGAUUCCGGAAUUCCGGAAUCUUCCUCGUCUUUCUUACAAACUAUUGCGUGAAAUUCCACAAGAUGUUUGUUAAGGGCCUCCGAUUCAUAUUUUUCAAUGCACAAACCUUCUAGACUUUUGGCCAGUUGUUUGUGCUUUGUUUUGUAUUUUAUUUUUUGCAUUCUUCAUCAAACUCUGGAUUAAAAAGAUUGUUACCUUCCCCUAACCUCUCCGCUAUUUUAUUUUGUAACGCUUUUGUGACUCUCCUAGCAAUCAAACUGUUUCAUCUGUCUACAAUCAAUUCCAACUUUCUGCUCUAAAUCUCAACUUUCUGCGCUGUUUGGGAUUAAUUAACGUGUUCUCAUCUAAUGAGCGUUCUGAAAUGUUUACAGGCAUAUUAUUAAGAAUGAAAUAAUUUAACCUUCACACCAACCCCUUGCUACGCUUUUUCAAUUGGUCUGUCGGAAUUUGGUGUCAAUUAAUUGCGAACGGAUUCGAGAUUAACUUGCACCUUUGGAAAGCCUAAUUAAAGCAAAACUCAGCGAGUGUGAUAGUCAAUGAAACAAUCGCGUUUCAAUGACUCUUCGUCGAGCAUUGAAAAAGUUAGUACAUGAAUGGUUUAUGAAAAUAAAUGGAGGUAACGGUUUUCUUUUCAGCUGUAGCAGAAUACUCCGAUGCGUUAAAAGAAUCAAUAAGAAGCCAAACCGAGUACCUCGCUAAUGCCUCACCGGCCAUGUCCAAUGUGAGAACAGAUCACAUAUUCACCAACAUCCUCAUGCAACAUGGAAGAAAACCAGUCGAGGAUCUUGAUGUGAAAAGAAAAGAACGCCUUCGCCAGUAUGGUCAAAUUGGUGGAAAGCAAAUUAAAAGCUCUCAAGAAAUUUUCAUCCCAACUGACGGAAAACAUCCUGAAUCUGUUCUUGUCACUGGAAAGGCAGGCAUUGGUAAAACACUGUUUUGUCAAAAGGUGAUCAGAGAUUGGGCUGACAACAAAUUGUUUCGAUCCGGAGCAAAUGCAGAAGUACCUGAUUUGAAGUUCGCAUACUUACUUACGUUCCGUCAGCUUAAUCUACUUGGGGACGACCCUGUUACCUUGGAGGAUAUCCUAAACCGAUCCUCAGUGCUAGACGACCACUCAAACAUCGACGACUCUAUAUUUGAGUACAUUGUUCAUCAUUCCGAAGAAGUUUUGAUUAUAAUCGACGGGUAUGACGAGUGUUCACAACAAGAGUACAUUGCUAGUGAUUCAGAUGAAAAGUACCCAAAUAACGCCAAAAAGAAAAUGCCAGUAGCAGCACUGUGUGCCAAGCUUAUCAAAGGAAAAAUACUGAGAGGUUCAGUCGUCAUGAUCACGUCAAGACCCGAUGAAUCUGACAAAAUAAAAGCCAAAGACAUCAAUUUUGAUAGAUACGUUGAAAUUACAGGAUUUUCCGAGCCACAAGUAAAAGAAUACAUUGCACAGUAUUUUAAAAACAACGACCGAAUGAAAAAUAUUGUAAUUGACCACAUUACAAAGAAUGUCAAUCUUAUCAGCUUUGCCCACAUUCCUGUGCUCUGUUUUCUUAUGUGCUCCUACUUUGAAUAUACUCUACAGCAACCAAAGAAGAAUAAUCCUCUCCCGGUGAAAACAAGUGACCUUUAUGAUGAAGUGGUCAACAUGUUCGUGCAAAAGCACGAUAAAAAGAAAAGAGCCUCUCUCGAAGAGACUCUGGAUGAAUUAUCAGAGCUGGCUGCUCAACUUCUUCUGGAGAGGAGGUUUCUUUUCCUUAAAGAGGAUUUGAAAACUCUUGACUUACACGAGUUUGAAAGGCUGUGUGGAAGCGGUCUUCUUCAUUGCGGUCCUCCUUUCAGAAAAUCUUUUUCUACGACGACUAAACAUUUUUUUUACACACUUGACUGUCCAAGAGUACUUAGCGGCUCGUUGCUUUGUAAAGACAAGAACAAUCCCACCCAGACAUGUGUCUACAGAAGUAGAUCUAUUUAUGUCGGGUAUUUUGUCCGAGCAAAAAGACAACGAAUUUGUGGAAAAGUUGAUUAUCAACAAAUUUCUCAGCGACGACCUAUCAGCAGAUGA